AUGUUUCCAGGUCAAUAGGUUGAACGAGGUGAUCUUUUCAGUAUAUAGUGCCGUCGCAAUCGUCUGCCAAAUCAAUGUCCUGAUGGUCAUUCGGUUACAUCAACUUGCAUCUCAUCUCACCUCGCCAUCAAAAGACAAAUACAUAGACGCAUAAUGGCUGGCACCACCUCACCCACGCCCGCGCUUCCCAGACCAUGGGGCUAUGAUGAACAACCGCAGAACUACCUGCGCAUCCCGGGUCUUGUUUUCGACGAUGUUCCGGCACUGAUCCCGCGAGAGCACUCCGCGGCCCUCAGAUUCCUCCAGCCCUCCGACUUCGAACUCGAUAUGUCGUUCGGCGAGUACUACACCCUCCUAGAGCCCCUCGACCGCGUGGCUAACAAGCUUGUCGACGUGUUUGACUACUGUAUCCAGGUCCUCAGACGCUCUACCGGGCCCGUUGCUCAGUGUCCUACCGGUUCAUCUACUGGGCAUUCAAUCUCGACCCCUUCUGCGCUCUGGGACGGCUUCUUCGACCAAGUGCUCGAUAUGCUGGGCCAUGCGGCCGAGAAAGUCGGCCUGUGCUCGCUUGACUUGAUGUGGAUCGUGUACCUCUACACGCGCGCGUGGGAGAACACGAGCAAGUCGUACAUGGCCAGGGACGGGGGGUACUGGCGCAAAGCGAAUAUCCACCACCUCCAUGACCUGCUUGGGGAGUGGUAUGUGAUGUUGAGAGGCAAGGGGAUCGCGGCGAAUGUCAUUUUUGGUGAGUUGUUUGGAAUUGGACGGUAAGUCGCUUCUCCAUUGGAAGAUCGCAUUGCACAAGGUGGGUGUUCGCUCGGAGGAAGGUGAGUCAAGUCUGGGUGAAAGCAGAUAUACAUAGUCACAAUACAUUG